AUUAUGAUGCAUAGAAAAGCAGAGCAGAGAGAAAUAAAAAUGGGGAGAGGGAAAUCAAAGAUCGAGAUUAAAGCGAUCGAGUCAUUGGCGGCUAGGAAUGUGUGUUUCACGAAGAGGAGAAAUGGGCUGUUCAAGAAGGCAUCGGAGCUGUGCCGCCUAUUCCCCGGAGUUAAAGUUGCGGCGGCGGUGUUCUCUCCGGCGGGAAAGCCGUAUGUGUAUGGCGACCCGAAUGGGAUUUUCGAGUCGCAGCAGCAGGGUGCUUGGAACAGCGUUGGCGGAGCGUUGGCGGACGAAGUCAUUGAAGAAGUGAUCCGAGGGGUGCAACUGCAGGCGGGAGGGUGUCCUUCGCCGUCCUCUGUUCUGGCCGGGGGCCUUGAACCCUCGCCAAUUCUGGGAUCAAUGAUCCCAGAGUUGGAGGGCGAAUAUUCCUCUGUUUUGCCUUCCUCCUCAAGUCAGCAGGGGACGACGACGCUCACAGAAGAAGACCAAGAUGUGGCUUCACUCAUCCAAGAGUUGCUGUGGUAGCUAGCUGCUACGGCCUUACAUUUUUAAUUUGGUUCUACACAUAACGUCGUCAUUAUUUCUAACUUUAGAGUUGUUAUUAUUAUGGCCUGGGACCAAAGCCUAGCUUUUCAUCAUGCUCAUAAUAUGAAAAUUACUGUAUUAUCAUGACUUACAUCAUCAGUUCAUCAUUUCAUUCAUUUAAUUUGUUACGGAUCGGAGUAUUUGUGUAACAAAUUAUUAUCUGAUCUUGAGAACCAUUUUGAU